AAAAUAGUUUUUUUUUUUUGCUAAAAAACUAGUAAUAUAUAAAACUAAGGGUUGUAAGGGCAUUUUAACCGUUCAAACUCCAAAUUUAAUCAAAAAAAUGUUUUAAAUGAAUGAAAUUAAAAGCAUGAAUAUGGAAAUUUCUUAAAAAGGUUAAGGAUGAUUCAUGACAAUUGGAAUAUCAAUAUCAUUCCACUCCUGAGUCAAUCUGACUAGAUCAACUCUGAUUUUCCAACAAAUUAAAAUAUAGUAUAAGUUGGAUGGUCACAUCUUUUUGCGUCAUUUUCCAAUUUUAUAGUAUUGACGGAUCAAUUUCUAAAAACAAAAAUAGUUAAAAUACUGCUGUUUGACAUCCGAAAUAGAUUAUAGUUGUAACUAAGCCGGACAAAAUAUAUUUAAAUUUGAUUUGAUUUGUUAUUCGUUUUUUAACCAAAAAAAUUAGGUAUCCGUAACUCUUUGAAGCAAAGCAAAUACUAAGAGCAUGUUUAUUGCAUGUCUCUUAGGUCGAGUCUCUUAACGUAAUAUAAGAUACAGUCUCUUAGAUUUUAACUAAAAAAGUUAAGAGACGUCUCUUAUAUCUUUUAUUUAAGAGACGUCUCUUAGUUUUUUUUAGUUAAAAGCUAAGAGACCGUAUCUUAUAUUACGAUAAGAGAUUUAAUCUAAAAGAUCUACAAUAAACAUGCUCUAAUAUGUAAUAUUCGUAAAAACGAAGCAAUCAUAUCACGGAUAUUCAAUACGAUCUAUUAUGUGCAUAUAUAUAUAUAUAUACAUAUAUUUCUAUAAUUAUAUAUAAGCUUUAUAAUAUUUUUUUUAUUAAAUUGAUUAUUUUAGUUAUUAAAAAAAUUAAAGUAAAUAAUUUUUAUUUUUGUAAUAAAAUACUAUUAUUUAUAUUAUUUUGGAUAUUUUAGUUUUUAAUUUAUUGGUAUGGAUCGAAUCGAAGAUCCAAUUAAAAUAUAAUUUUUUGAAUAUAUGUACACCGAAUUUCGGAAUAGCAAAAAAUCGAAUCAGAUAAUUGAUUAUUCGAACAAAACGAAUACUUUAAAAAUCUGUAUAUUUGAUUCGUGUGGACCCGCAUGUAGGUAGCAAAAUUUCUAACACAAUUGCGUUGACUCGACAUUCUUCCACAAAUAAUUUACCAAAGCUACAAAAAGAGCAUUAAUCAUCCAUCCACUUUAUAUAAAUGCCAGUUAUUCAUUAAUAUAGAUAUGUUCCAAGUUCCAACUAAAGUUAUUCCCUUUGAAAUAUAAAAUGAAUACGGUUGACCCAGAUUACUCUACUAAAAAAUUGCAACGCAUGCAGAUUGCCUCAUUGUUAAUGUUCCCUGUAACAUCCUAUUAUAUAGCACGCGUUUACAUAUGCGCAUAAAAGCAGUACGAGGAAUGCAUGUUGAAGAAUAUUUUUAAAGCAUUGUUUAUACAUGUGACAUAAGAUAGUAUGUAAGCUGGCGUUACAUGUAUGUAUAUUCAAAUAAUAAGUGGCAUAAGAUGGUAUAUAAUCUUCACCGUUCUGUAAAUUUUAUCGUCAUAUGAAUGUAUAUUCAAUUAAUACGUGACGAACAGGCCAUCUAAAACUUGACUUAAGUUAGUUACUUUUAAUUUAAUUUAAUUGGGAAUUUGGGAUUGACAUUCUUCGUUUAUUUUAAGAUAUAUAUAGCUGACAAAAUAUUAGUAGGUUUAUGCGAGGAAGGUCUUACUUGCUUUCUCUAAUCUAGUUGAAUUUCUUGUUAAUCACAUCAACUUUUAACCUAAUGUAUCAUUCAUGACUUCAUUUCAUACAUUGUGUCAUAAUUACUGUCCAUAAAUUAAGUUACUCAAAAUAUUAUUCCAAAUAUUCUUAGGUCGUAAUUAGUGGAUUGAGGUCUUAAUUAAUGGAUUGAUAUCCACAAAAAAUAUAUAGACUACAAUCUGAAACAUUUUUCUAUACACAAAUCACUAUAUAGAAAAUAUUUAAACGCUUAUUAAAUAUGAAAUCAAGAUACGUCUAUCGGACUUUGAAUUCAGCGAUGAAUGCAUGGCUCAAAGAAUCGUCAGAUUCAAUAGAUUGCCGGUUUCUCCUUUGUAUUUCAUUUGUGUUUGUUUUUGGCUAAAUACCGUUGCCAGAAUUUGCUUUUUUCAAAUGUUUUCCAAAUUAGUAGAAUAGUAGCUGAUUUAGAAAGAAAAAAAUUGAUAAAAUAAUACCAAAAAAAGAUAAAAAAAUAGUAGGCGUGAAUCGUAUACAUUUGUGUGCGUGAAUGUAUGCUUAGAAGGUAGGGUGUCUUAUUCAAUAAUCCACCCCUCUAGGAAGGCUGUCAUAUAUAUAUAAAACAAAUACACCACAAAGAAUUUAAGGAACCAAGAAAAUCAAAAGAACAAAUAAGGUUAAACUCAAGUUAAUUAGAUUCUUCUUAUACACAAAUGAAUCAAGAAGAUCAUAUGAAUCAAGGAGAGCAUAUUAUGAACAACGGAGAAGGCUCAAUGCCUUGCUUCUCCGAGACGACCAUUACGUCCUCAAAUCAUCUCUAUCCCAUGACGGCGGCGACGAAAUCAUCGGAAGAGGACCACAGCAUUUCGCUCUCUCUUCUACUCAAUCUCUCCACAAUACAAGACAAAGUCCACCACAUCCAAUCUCUGGUCAGCUUUUUCAUGAUCUCUAACAAUAACCAAUCCUCGGAGUCAACGUCGUCUUUGGCCGUGGCUAACAUCGAAAGCUUGGUUCAAGAGAUCGUCACGGCAGCUACUUCAAUGAUGCUCACUUGCCAACAACGCCACAUCCCAUCUAACAACAACAGUAACUUCAAUAACGAACAAACCGUUGAUGCAAUUGUUAUGAAGUAUUCCACACAAGAGACCGAACCGGAUCAUGACUUCACGCCAGAGUCGUCAACCAACUUUCUUGGCGUCCAAGAAAGAGGAAAUAUUUCGUUUAUUGACCAUAAUCUUGACUGGCAUGGCACACAAUCCAUAAACCCUAAAAAAGAUCAGCAUCGUUUUAAAACAAGACCCGGGAACUAUGAGGUAUUGGAGCUAGGCGCAGACGAUCUACUAGCAAAGUUCACGCAUUACUGUCAGAUUUGUGGAAAAGGGUUUAAGAGAGACGCGAAUCUAAGGAUGCACAUGAGAGCACACGGAGACGAGUACAAGACACGUGAAGCCUUGAUCAGCCCAACGAGCCAUGACAAGAAAGUCGAAGGACACUCAUUGAUGACACAUUACUACUCGUGCCCUCAACAUGGGUGUAGAUGGAACCAGAGGCACGAGAAGUUUCAGCCGUUGAAAUCUGUGAUUUGCGCCAAGAAUCAUUACAAGAGAAGUCAUUGUCCGAAAAUGUAUAUGUGCAGGAGAUGUAACGUGAAGCAUUUCUCGGUUUUGUCUGAUCUUAGGACGCACGAGAAGCAUUGUGGGGAUAUCAAGUGGGUUUGUUCUUGUGGGACUACGUUCUCUAGGAAAGACAAGCUUAUGAGCCAUGUUUCUUUAUUCGUGGGCCACUCACCGGUCCAUGGCCCGCCGCCGCAGCAGCGUCCGAUUAUCACAAUAUAAAGAUUUCUACGUAUUAUCAAAUGACUUGUGCAUUAGCGUUAAUGUUACAAAUUAUUUUGAUUACGAUACUGCAUUAUGGAUAUGUUAAAAAAGUUUACGUAGUUUUUCAUCAUUCUUGCUUCUGCUAAGUUAUGGGUAAUAGUUUUGGUUAAUCCAUGCAACUUUUGAUUUCUGAAUAAUAGUUACAAUGUUGAGAAACUAACGUGACAAUGGCUCAUCUGACUUCAAACUAGCAAUGUAACAUCUUAUAAUAUAUUUGACAUAUGUUUACAAUUGGUGUCAGUUGGUGGCAGCACUAAAGAUAGUAUUUUCGUCCAUAUAUAACAAUUUAAGAAAGAAAUAAUUUUUUUUUUUUUUUGCUAAUCGAGUAUCCUGGCCCCACCGAGGUGGUCCAGACUAGAGACCGAAGUGAGCAAGGACGCUGCCAGGGCGUCACCAUGUGGCUCACCGUGUAACGGUCUUCGGUCUCGGGUGCUGCAGCCCACAUGUAAAUUCCGCAGUGGCCAAGGCUUGAACCCAGGGGCGGUCAAUCCAGCUGGAGCUCCUAUACCACUAGACCAAAGCAACUUGGUUAAGAAAGAAAUAAUUAUCUUCUCUAUGCACAUACGCAGCAAUUUUCAUCCAUUGUGAUUUUCUCUCAUGAAUAGAAAAAAAAAAGAAUUUUUAAUUUUGACAAUACAUUUUCAACGGUCCAUUUCUUCUGAUAUAGAUGUACAGUAUAGACUACUUGACAAUUAUUACUAAAUAUUUUAAAUAAAGGAAGUAUAUAAAGCAAAAAAAUGUUAUAACACCAUAUUUUGGUGGAUUGGAUCAUAAAAGAGAUUCAAAAAUGAACUCCCAUUGAAAACUCGUGUUUACAGUUUGUGUAGCGAUGUGUCUUGA